AUAUAGGUGAGUGAAAUGUGUCGACACUAAAAUUAGGUCUCGUUAAACUCUUCAGAUUUUCUUGUUCGUACAAUUACCUGGAUCUUCAUUAUUUGUAAUCAAUUAAAUAAUUUACAAAUGAUACUGUUGAAUCAUCAUAACCAAACCUAUUAGUGUGAUUAGUUCAAUUAGAAGAUUGUGUAAAAGCAAUGGAACCUUCAUGUCAUUCCAAUGGCCCAACCAGUUGUCAACAACAGCAAAAUCAAGCUAAAAAAAUAUUCAUCCAAAGAGAUUACUCAGCUGGGACUAUGAUUAAAUUUCAGACCAAAUUUCCUGCUGAAUUAGAAGGUCUUAUUGAGAGACAACAUUUUGACCAUCUAGUUAAUACCUUAAAUAAGAUGUACCACCAAGCAGAAACCUCUUGGUAUUCCUAUUUUGAAAGCUGCCUUGCCUGUCUAUCAGCCUAUCUACUUUAUAUUUGUAUUGAGACUCAUUUUUCACGUAACAUGAGAAAAAUAUCUGCUUUCAUUGAUAAUCAAAAUGACACUUUUUGGGAACCUAGAGGACUUCACGUUGUUGAUCCAAUUGAAAGAGGUUUAAGAGUCAUCGAAAUAGUCAUCAGAAGUCCAACAGAAAAUCCUACUAACAAUCGUCAAGGGAAAAAAUCAUCAAACAUUGAAAUAACCAGUGGACUUUAAGGAUCAUUAUUGGUCCAUGUAUCUCAUCAUCAAACUCAAUUUCAUCUAUAAUUUUUCUCUAUUUUUCUUUCCUCUCUUUAUUCAUCAUUGCUCUCUUUUACUCUCUUAUUUCUUUUAAAUGUAUGUUGAAUGUGAAUAAAUAAAUUCUGACUCAAAUUGUUGCUUGCAAA